GGCGAGAUAACUGGAUUCUGGAGGCUGAUUUGGUUUCUCCAAUAAAUGGCACUCAAGAAAUUGAUGGUGACACUCGGACGUGGAGUAGAUACUGAUAAAAUAUGCAAUACCUGUGCUUCAGAGGAAGAAUCCCACUAUCAUCUUUUCGUCCAAUGCAAAAGGAGCGUGCCAGUCUGGGGAGCUUCCUGCCCUUUUUUUGAUCUUGGAGGGAUAAGGCAAGAUUCUUACCUUGAUGACUUUCUAAACUCUUUCUUGGUUUUGACUAAAUGGCUUCUGGAUUACAUUGUUGAGUUUAGGAGUGCUGGAGAGUUAGGACAUCAGCUUUGGCAACAGGAGAGAGCAGUGGAGCAGGCUGUUUGGCAGCCUUCGUUAGGGAACACAAGCAAAGAUUAAUGUAAAUGCAGCUCUGCUAGAGAACCAGCAUAUAGUGACGCUUGGUGUUGUUCACCGAAAUCGUGAGUGCAAGGUUCUAGGCUCUGCGCAGAAGGCUUGCAGCUUUCGAGGUUCAGUGCUUUAGGCUGAAAUAAUGGCACUUGACUUUGCUCUACAGUUGGGUCGAGAGUUUGGUUGUAAGAGAGUUGAGCUUGAAUCAGAUUGUCUCCAGGUUGUCAAUAUAGCCAAUUCUGAAGAGGAAUGUUAUCUCCCUUUUGGGGUUAUUGUUGAUGACCUCUGGGCCAAGAAGCUCUGUUUUGUUUCCUUUCGUAUCUCACAUGUAACAAGGACUUGCAUUUUGUUAACUCAUGUUCUGGCACACUUGCAGUCCCCUUUUCCUCCAUGGGAGGGUGUUUGGUUUGGUACUCUUCCAAGGGCUUUAUGUAAUCAUUUGGUUCAUUAAGAAAUAAUAUAUGCCAUUUUUCAAA